CUACGUGAUUGGUCAAAUCCUGUCGGACCAGAGUCGUGACGUGAUCGUGGAGAACAUCCAGAAACACUUGGUGGAGCUGGGAGAGCAAGUAGCAGCUGGAAGCGUUCCACUCAACCAGUACGAGAUAAACAAGGCUCUGACUAAAGACCCUCAGGACUACCCGGAUAAGAAGAGCCUUCCUCACGUGCACGUCGCUCUGUGGAUCAACUCUCAGGGGGGUCACCGGGUCAAAGCUGGAGAUACCGUCUCCUACAUCAUCUGCAAGGACGGCUCCACGCUGGCGGCCAGUCAGAGGGCGUACGCUCUGGAGCAGCUUCAGAAGCAGGAGGGUCUCAGUCUGGACGUCCAGUACUACCUCGCCCAGCAGGUUCACCCCGUGGUGUCCCGCAUCUGUGACCCCAUCGAGGGGAUCGACGGCGUGCUCAUCGCCACCUGGCUCG